UCGUUUAAAACAAAGUUGGAAAAUGAUAUUCCUGUCGUCUUCUGGUAUUGUGGCCUUAAAACCCAUAAAAAUAUUGAUGUCGAUAUCUUUCAAGCUGGCUGAGUUAACAGUUUUUGCCAACAAAAGUGGUCAUCAGUCCCAUAGUGCACAGUGCCUGCGAAUAUCACGUGAUGGUUGGCCGUUGAGUUUUGUGCUUAUCCCGAGACUCCAGGCCAAAAAUCAACGAUCACGGAGAGAAAUCGGGGCUGCUUUCAAUGCCAGUGCUGGGGAACCGGAAAGAAACCGGGUGAAACUAGUUCAAGCACAGAGCGAUACGAUUGGAGAAAUGGGAAAAGCGGGCCACAGGAGCACCGGCAGGAAAAACGUUUGGCGUGCUCGUUUUGCAUAAAUAAUAUUGAUUUAUUGGGUAGCGCAGCAUUUUGCGGUUCAUAAGCGGGCAAUUUUAAUGCCAAAGGAGCCGAAAUGGUGGAAUAACGGAAUAAGAAUAAAGAAUAAGCGGAAGCCCAAAGUAUGACACACACAUGGCACGAUUUGUUUUCCUUUCCACUUUUCCCAUUUUCGCCGUUUUCCACGUUUUGUUUUUCCUCGUUCGCAGUUUCCCUGUCGUCACGAAAGCGCAAAGAGAAAUGACCGAGCACGCCCAC